AUGCAUGAUGCCAGACGCCCUUCCCCCCCAGCGAUAUGUAGAUGUUUAGAUCCGCUCUUUUUCUUUGCUUGGCGCUCGUUUCCUGACGCUGUCGUCAUCAGCGAGCAGAGGCUCACGGGCUUCACCUCUUGGGCUGCGCUGCAGCUCUGCGGCCCUGGUGGAAGUGAGCCACUGCUGGUGGCGAGGCGGCAUGUGUCGCUUAGGCUAGUGUUGCUACUGGUGCGAACUUUUUUGUUCCCUGUGAAGGACGAGAAGAGUCGAACAGGUUUGUUGGACGGUGUGGGCGCACGACAGCCACCGGUGGGGCCCGCGGCGCGUGCUGCGGCCCGGCCCUUGAAAAUGGGGAAUAAUAUCGUCGGUGGCUGGAGUAUGAGACGAAAAUUCAGUUUCUUUUGGGGCGGGGAAGACCGGGGUGGGCCAGCGCAGGGCCUGCGAGGGUCAUGUCCACGUGUGCGGAAGGUUGCCAGUCUUGCUCGAGGUCCAACUGUGGGGGGUGAAGGCGGCUCGAUUGGGUGGCACUUGUGUGUGAGCCUGGACAUUGUGAUUUUGAGUUUGUAA